UUUUUGACAGGUAGAGACGAUAAAUUCACCAUUUCUAUCAUGUGAAAUCAUUCAGCAGGGGGAACAGCUAUUUCCUGUCACUCCCAGCUGUCAAGGUAAUCCACACUUCCAGAGCAACCGGGGUGACAAUGAAGCAAAUUUUUCCUGUGUUCUUUUUGUCUGAACUAAAUCUAUUUGCAGUGUGCUGAUUCUUAUCAUGCCUACUGCUGGGGCUUCAACUGGAAAAGGUUGAGAAUCAGCAUCGGUCGCCAAUUAACCAUUCAGAAAUCAGAAGAGUAGCAAGUACCGUGUGGAAUCUCCCUUUCAUGCUGGAAUCAGGUUCUUAUUCUGUUCAUCCACCGGUUUUAUCACAACUUGCUAAAGUAUCAGUAGCCCUGCAGAUUCUUGCUACCAGUCACACCUCACUUACUGACGUAAACAGCAGAAUAUUUCCUGUGUAUUGACCUCAAUUCAGCAAAUUGCACUGGAUGCAACCGAUGCAAUGCAAAGGCUGUGAAAUGCGCUUAGAUACGGUGCAGCAUUACAUCAGAGUAUCAACUUGUGAUUGUGCUCCAUGGACACUCAAACUUACCACUGAAAUAUCUAUGUUUUUACUGGAUCUUUUUUUUGGUAGUACACGCAAUCUGUCAUGAACAGUAUAUAGGGUUCCAAUCCAAUCUAGCGAUGUGAAUGUGAUGAGCUACAGAGAAAGAAAGUACUAGGACUUUGCACGUGAGUUGCGUUUCAGGGGAUUCAGAUUGAUAUGCCACUACAAUGGCGAGCCUAGAGCUCUGUAUUUUUCCCCCCUUUUUCACGAGAAUUAGGUGAACUUUUCUAAGUUAUUUCGUCGGUUUACUACUACUCCAGUCUAUUUUGUGUUGGCUUUCCUGUUCGGUGUUGAUGACAGCUCACUGUACAUGAUCAAAUCUGAUUAACCUGCCUUUCACACCACACGUGAAUUAGUUCAGGAAUUUUCUAGACGGAAGCUACAGUUAUGUUGCAUGUUGCUGUUGCUAACUUGAUUUUUUUUCUUCUAUUGCUCAGGCAUUAAUACACGGAUUAUUGUAGCUUUGCCUCUUCAUAAGCUUCCAUUUGAAGUUAAUUACGGUGAUUAGCUUGAGGCUAUAAACGAAGCCAACCCAGACGAAUUAGCUCACACCUAAACCUCAAACCCUCCAAAUAUAAUUAAUAUAGUUCGCGUCGCUUCUUCUUCCCGCGCGCUUCUCGCGAUCGCGCGCCCAUGGUGAGCAUGCCGCCUUCGCUGCCGCCGCUGCCGCUGCCGCCGCAGCUGAGCCUCGCCGACCUCAAGGCCCUCUCCGUGCUCGGCCGCGGCGCCAGGGGCGUCGUCUUCCACGUCGUGCCCGCCGGCGGCGCCGCCGCGGCGGUGUCGGCGACGGCGGACGAGGAUCCCAUGGCGCUCAAGGCCAUCUCCCGCGCCGCGGCGAGGCACAAGUGCGCGGAGGUCGCCGGCGGUCCGGGCGGCGACGGGCACCGGAGGAUCUGGUUCGAGCGGGACGUGCUGCUCGCGCUCCGCCACCCGCUGCUCCCCUCCCUCCGCGGCGUCGUGGCCACGGACAGCGUCGUCGGGUUCGCCAUCGACCGGUGCGCCGGCGGCGACCUGAACGCGCUGCGGCGCCGCCAGGCCGGGAGGGUGUUCUCCGUCGCCGCGAUACGGUUCUACGCCGCGGAGCUGGUGCUCGCGCUCGAGCACCUCCACGGCCUCGGCGUCGUGUACCGCGACCUCAAGCCGGAGAACGUCCUCAUCCAGGACUCCGGCCACAUCAUGCUCGUCGACUUCGACCUCUCCACCACGCUCCCGCCGCCGCCACCUCCUCCGCCGCCCGACACGGCUCCGCCGCCACAAACCGCGCGCUCCCGCGGCGGGCGGCGCGACAGCACGAAGGCCGCCGCGGCCGUCUUCGGGUGCUUCUCCUCGCGCCGCGCCGCGGCGUCACGGCCGUCGCCGUCGUCGUCCUCGUCGUCCCGGUCCCCGCCGUCCACGUCCAGGACGGCCUCGUCCUCCUCGUCGUCCACGCGCUGCUCGUCGGCGGCGGCGAAGUCGAACUCGUUCGUGGGGACGGAGGACUACGUGGCGCCGGAGAUCGUGGCCGGGAGCGGGCACGACCACGCCGUCGACUGGUGGGGCCUCGGCGUGGUGCUCUACGAGAUGCUGUACGGGCGCACGCCGUUCCGGGGGCGGAGCCGGCGGGAGACGUUCCACCGCGUCCUCGCCGCGCGGCCGGACAUGCCCGGCGAGCCGACGCCGCUGCGCGACCUCAUCGGACUCCUCCUGGAGAAGGACCCGGGCAGGCGGCUCGGCGCGCACGGCGUGAAGCGGCACGCCUUCUUCCGCGGCGUGGACUGGGACCGCGUCCUCCACGUGGCGCGGCCGCCGUUCAUCCCGACGCCCGACGACGACGACGCGGGCGCCGCCGCCGAGGCGCUCGACGUGGAGAAGGUGCUGCACGAGGCGUUCGCUGCGUCGACCGCCGCCGCCGCCGGCGAGACGGCGGCCGUAGAGACGGCCGCGCCGGAGGCCGGCAGUGACAGAGGGAGAGAUGAAGAUUUCUCCGUAUUUUUUUGACUUCUAACGUAUGAAUAUUUUCUUCGAAACCGAAAUGCAAGCAUAGCAUAUGGAUACCCUUUUCUUUCACUCCCUUUUGUAAAUUAAAUAUAAGUUUUAUACAAAAAACAAUACAACUUGAUGGUACUGUAAAUAAAUGCAGGAGAAAUGUACUGAGAGUAAGAUUUGUUUGGUUCAAUUUUCGUAGGAAUUGAGAGAAUUUUCUCUUGUCUUAUCAUACUGGUUGGUGUAACCGGAGCAUCAUUCAGUUCAGUUUGGUUGGUUGUGUUCGAGCUGAUCGUCUUGUAAUCCAGCCACAACUACAUUAAUAUUUGAUGGCCACUGCUUUCC